AUGGGCGGAAUGACACUCAUAGCAUUGGUAUCAAUGUGGUUUUAUAUUCAACCAUCAGAAUAUGAUUCGUCGGAAGACCCGGACGAAUCCAGAAAGCUGAAGGGUUCAAGGACUAAAAAUGACCUAUUUACCGCAUUCCGGCAGAAAAUUUCUCAUGCAAUGGGAAUAUUGAAGAAUCGUUCGAGAUCACGUUCAAGGACUGCCACAAACGAUAAAAGAGACAAAGUCGAGUCGAAAUUUACCAAUGUCAGAGAUAAGAAAAUUGGUGAUUUUGGUAGGUCUAGUCAACAACAUAACGAAGGAUUGAGAUUUUUGGCUGUCGGAUCCACUUCAAAUGAAACCGUCACAUUUCGCGAAAAAAACAAAUGCUUUAUUAUAGGAACGUGUGGCGAUAGUAAUAAUAUGUUUGAUCCUGAAGGCCCAGAUAUCGCUUUGGUUGAUCAAGUGGAUUCCGUCAGUUGCAAUGGUGUGAUACAUUCUGUGGCGAACAACAAAAAGAAGGGAAGAGAGGACGAGUUUGAAAGUGAUAACAUUAAGGGAAAGGGUUCCAAAGUGGGACCCGGUGUGAAGAACUUUGCUCAGGACAUUCGAAAAUUAUUUCGAAAUAGUAAGACGCCGACACAACAACACCAAAAUCACCACCGGAAGCAAUCCGGUGUGAGAAACAGCCUGUUCAACAAAAUUGGCUCAUCAGGGCGCGCGGAAAAAUGUGAGCGCGAAGCUAUAUUUGAGGAAAAAGAUGUGACUCAAACGGUGCUUAACAUUGCCGCUGCUAACAAUGUACGGGCAAGGAUUAAUGAUUCCCUUCGUAAAUUAAAGUUAAAGCAGAGUGGUGAGCACGUUACUCGUAGAGAAGACCUCGAGCCUCCAGAAUCUUCUUCAUCGCUUCUAAAUUCUUUUCAAAUGGUUAAUCAGGUCCAAAAAGAUUAUGAUUCACUAUUUCUCUCACGCCUCGAGAAACAAAUAGAAUUGGAGGAGGAAUUAAGGCUUGCAAUAAGAAUGAUCAAAGACAAUAUCGAGAGUAUUGAUUCUGGUGGGAAAGCUGAACUUGAUAUCGACGAAAAUGAGAAAGGGUUUCAAACUGCGAUCGAAACAACUUCCAAUGCACUCAGUGCUACCAGAGAAGUCGUUACCUUUGCAGCUUUGAAAACCGACAUUGCAUUGUCGUCGAAGCAGAGAAUCGCAAGAGACCUUGAAAUUCUAAAACUUUUGGAGAAAAAGCAUGAAGUAGAGAAAAGAACGGAAGAGAGCAUUGAGCAAGCAUUGGAGAUUUUAAGAGCCCAAUUAAAAUCAAGGGACAGAUGUACACGAAAAUUGAAAUCGCCAAGGAGAAUGAGUGAAGAGGUUGAUGACGUUGACAAAAAAUUGCAACACAUGAUCUCUUGGCGAACUUCCAUGGAUGAGGGGCUGGAGGAUUUGGAAGCUAAAUUUGAUUCACUGGAAGAUUUAAUAGAUAACGGACAAUCGCCACUGGAAAUAGGAUAA